CGUGCCCCGCCGCGGCGCAGCCCAGCGCGGGCUCCAGCGGCGGCCGAGUGGCGCCGGGGGCCGCCGCGCUGCCGGGCCGGCAGGGCCCGAGCCAGGCUGUGCCCCAGUUUGUGUCCAAUCAGAGAGUGAAGUGCGUGCACCGAGCGGGGCGGCAAUGCGUAAACAAGCCCGGGGAAACUCCUCCGCCCCCCGCUCUUCCCUCCGCGCCGCUCCCCGCGCCGCCCCGCAGCCUCCCCCGCCGCCCGCCAACAAGUCCGGCGAGGCGCGCGUUCCCGCCGCCCAACCUCCUCAACCGCCCUCCCCUCCCCCCGCCCAGCCGGCGCCGCCCGCGCUGCCACACGCACCCCACUCCCGCACACGCCCGCGGGUGCCCGCGGCCUCUCGAGGGGGAAGGUAGGAAGAUGACUCGCCUGGCACAGGAGCAGGAGUUAUGAGCCAUGUCCCUGUGAGACGUCCAGAAUUAAGAGCAAAUGCCUGGAGAAGUCCAGUUGCACAGAGCAGCGCCACAGCUCUUGUGAACCGUGGGCAUCGUCAUCUCUCAGACUUGCUCCUCUGGUCCCGAGCACUCUGCCAGCACUUCCUCCGCCACGAAUGGCUACUCAGAGGAAGCACUUGGUGAAAGAUUUCAAUCCUCAUAUCACCUGCUAUAUCUGUAAAGGCUAUCUCAUCAAGCCAACUACAGUAACUGAGUGCCUCCAUACCUUUUGUAAGACUUGUAUUGUUCAACACUUUGAAGACAGCAAUGACUGUCCCAGGUGUGGCAACCAAGUGCAUGAGACCAAUCCACUAGAAAUGUUAAGGCUGGAUAACACCUUAGAGGAAAUUAUAUUUAAGCUGGUGCCUGGACUUCGGGAACAGGAACUGCAGCGAGAGAUUGAAUUUUGGAAGAAAAAUAAACCUCAAGAAAAUGGACAAGAUGAAAGCCCAAAAGCUGAUAAACCCAAAGUAGAUGAGGAGUGUGAUGAAAAUGAAGAAGAUAAAGACUAUCACAGGAGUGACCCACAGAUUGCUAUCUGCCUCGACUGUUUACGCAACAAUGGGCAAUCAGGAGAUAAUGUAGUCAAAGGUUUAAUGAAGAAAUUUAUCCGCUGUUCCACUCGAGUGACCGUGGGAACUAUCAAAAAGUUUCUCAGCUUAAAAUUAAAACUUCCAAGUUCUUAUGAGCUGGAUGUACUAUGCAAUGGAGAAAUCAUGGGGAAGGAUCAUACUAUGGAAUUCAUCUAUAUGACAAGAUGGAGACUAAGAGGCGAAAACUUUCGGUGUCAGAACUGCUCAUCUUCGCAAGUCUGCUCACAGGAUGGCACUUUUUAUCAGUCUUACCCUAUGGUACUUCAGUAUCGACCUAGAAUUGACUUCGGUUAGACCAAAGGGCCAGAUCCCACUGAGAUGAAUCCUGCACUAUUUGUUUACCCAUCGACAGAUUGCACAAUGAAUGGAUGUGCCUGGAUUAGGGGGGGACACAACCAGAUUUUCAGCAUGCAAAUAAGGACAUUGUCUUUCUUAAAUUGUCAGUUGCAUCUCUGUUGUUUCUAUUAGAGCAAGCCAAGUGCCAUUCUGCUACUGAAAUGUGCAUAAGAUAUUUGUGUAUCUUACGAGUGUGCUGCAAAUCAUAGCCAAAAUCAUGAAGUGUACAGUCGAGAUUCAAAAACUAUGGAAUAUUUUUGCUUGCGUGUUAGAAAAUUUUUCUGGUCCUAAUAUUGAUUACACUAGCAAAAUGGCAGAGUGCUCAUUCCAUGUGGUGUUGCAGUUUCACACACUUACUAUUUUACUGAAUAUUGUUGUUUAAACCAUAGAGUACUGUACAAAUAACUAAGGAUUAUACCUUGAAAAUAUUUUGUAUAGAAAAUAUAUUUAGAAAAGUGGUGAUUGGGCCACUACUUUUUUCUUGGUAAGUUUCUCAUGGGUCCAGGUAUAGCUCACUCAUGAGUGUGCAACAGUCCUUUUGCAGUGAAUGAAGAUUAAUUAUCCUUAACAAGAGAUGUAGAACAUGGUAAUUCAAAACGGUAAUUUUAAAUCUUCUAAAUAGAUUCUGCUAAUACUGCUUAAAAGCAUCGCAGCCUUUGUGAUUGCACUUUUCUAUGGUUUCCCUAAAGGUUGGAAUUUGGGAUACUAGCUAUUUUUGGAAAAUGUCUUCUGGUCAGAUUACUUUCUUCUAAUAAACCCUCCAUAAAAAGUGAAGUUAAAAAUAAUGUAGAUGUCUAUAAAACAAAUAAAUUUCACUAUAAGAUUACAGUAAAGGCAAAAUUUUACAUAAUUAUUGCCUUUCAUAGUAAGCAUUUCCUUUUAAGAUUGGUUGGAGGUAUAUAAGACAAAAAUAAUAUAUAGCUUUAAUUACAUUACAUAUCUCUUGUGACUAUCUGGAGAUUAGAAUUCAUUACAGAAUUUUUCAUUAGUUAAAGUCACAUCAUAAAAUAUUUCCAUGAAAUUAGAGGUAAUGCAAUACUGAAGAUAAGCAGUCUGACCAAAAUAAUUGUUCAGGUCGUUUUUUUUCUAAGACCUGAUAGUGCUGGAUAAAGCGAUUGUUGCCUUAGGUAUUGCAAGCGUGAUGGUUCUAGUGUAGAAUGUUUAUUGGGGUUUGCGGUAAUGUCGCAGGGAGCAUAGUAAUGCAUAUGUCUUAUGUAGUCUUCCAUUGUCUUUGCUCUGCUUAAAAGUCAGUUGAGUUUUUCACUUUAAAUUCUGUGGAGAUACUUAUAGUUCAGUACUUUUAUGUAAUUUCUAUUUAUACACACCUGCUAGUAUUGUAGAUAACAAUUUACUUUCUUAGGCCUUUUGCAUACAGCAAAAAGGAACCAAAUCAAUUUUUCAGAAGCUACUAUAGAGUGAACUAAUUCUUAGAUAAGACAAAGUGAAAAUUCUAUCUUGGGAUCAAGUAUAAAAAAGUAGAUGCAAGGCUGUAACUCCCUUGUGAAUUUAUGUUCAUAUACCUUAGUAUGUUUCUGUAGGAGAACUAAGCAUGUUGUGGAUAAAUCUGGCCCCUUUAAUGUUAGUAGGAGUUCUAGCAUUGAUGACUGAGGAAUCCAUAUGUAGUCGGGUUGAAUUCUACCAUUGCACUCCAAAGCCCAUAUGACGUGCAGAAAUAAAGAUGCUGUCAGUAGCAGUCUGUUUAGGAAACCUGCCAUUGCAGGUCAAGGUUGCACAUAUUGUGCAGAUGCCAGUGAACCUGGGAAAGCAAAACGUCAAGGCAGCUGCUGCUCCUUUCUGCAGGCAUAGUGCGCUGAUACAGGCACUCCUUUGCCCACAGUGUAGAUAGGUGCAUAUGUUGGCUGCAGGAAACGGUCAUCUUUUUGCCCACCCGGUCUAUGAUGUGCUACUUGACAGAAACAAGAAGAUACUCCGUGUAGGGAGGGCCCUUCUCUGCAGUCUCUAGGGAAGCAGAGAUUCUUUGUGUAUGUAGAGGUCUUCCUCAUGGAGCAACUUGGAAGAGCAGAGCAUGCAUUCUAAUUGCAAAUCAUUCUUCUCUUUAGUAUAUACACUUGUUUUGUAUGGUAGAAAUAAGAUAUUAUUUGUAAAUAUUUACUUGCACAUACAAAUGACAUCUUACAGUUUUUAUAUAUUUCACGUGUUUUUAUACCAGAAUCUUCACCGCAGAUUCACGUGACAUAAAACGCUUGUUUCAGUUUAUCACAAAAUUUAAUGGUAGUACGCUUAAGUACGAUUUCUACUUGGUUCAGGUGACGAUUUUUUUCUCAACACUUGUGCUUGCUGUUUCGACAAAUUUGAACAGACUUGUUUUAAAAGAGAAAAAUGUCAUUUUUUAAUCCAUUUCAAGUUAUCUUACACAGACGUUUUCAUCCACCCAACAGACCCCUGAAACAGGACUACUUUAUAUUGGCUUCUGAAUGGCAACUAAUAGAAGAUUUGACUGUUUUAAUGACCUUCUGUAUUCACAAUUCAGAGAACCAUGAAUUCUCUUGAUUGGACAUGGACAUUGGUUUAAUUCAUGGUAUUAUCUUGAUGCAACUUAAAGCUAGAUUACAGAAGGCAAAUCUUCACUUUAAGCAUGGAAUAUACGGACAGAUACGAUUUAAUGUUCCCAGCUGAGAAUCAUGGCAUUAAAUGCAUAUGAUCUAGCCACCUACACUUCAUGCAUUUCUGAUUUGAUGGCACAGUGCCUGAAUGCUGUUACAGUUCAAUAGUUUUUGUAGCAGUGAAGUGCCAGUGAAAUACAUAUCUUAACUGGGCAGCUUGUGUAACACAGGCAUUGCCUUCUUUACAGGAAGUUUCUCUCCCAUAUAGUACAUAUGUGCCAUGUCUCUGCAGAUAUGCAUAUUUAAUUCAUCUGUGCCAAUUAAGAAUAUCUGAACAGGAUAGGAAUAUGCGAAUGCAUGUACAGAUUCCUGUGUGCCAAAGAUGGGGUAAAGUGAGAUGAGUACCUAAGCAUUCCAUUAAAACUGCACCAUAUGCCAUCCUAGAGCAGAUGACUGUAUACAGUCACACUUUCUGAGCAUUUCCAUGACAAAGUGUCACGACUGCAUGCUUGUAAAGAAUAAGAAUAUAAAAUAAGUGUAGCUGCCACUAUGUUUCUAUGGCUUUCCCAUAUUGGCAGUACCUAGCUGCAGAGGAAUAAGACCUAAAAAAUUCCACACUACUACCUAACCUUGCUAUAUCUUAUUUAGUGGAUUUGGUGCCUUCCUUUUUUUUUUUUUUUUUUUUUUUCACCCUAAAAGUGAAAAACUUCUGUCUGGUUUUAACUCUGGGGUAACUCAUUAAUGAAAGUCAUAAGUAACUUUUUGUUGAGCUUAGCUGUAUGUCACAUUUGUCAAGUAACGAACCAUAAACUAGAAUUUACAAACAAGAUCCUAUAAUAUCUUAAACAAUAUGGAAUUAGAUGGUUAAUCAAGAAAUGUAUCUUCCAUCAUGCAUUACUACACUGCUCAUAGCUAAGGGCCUAGUCCUAGAAACGUAUUUUUAUUUGGAUGAAAUACCAAAUAAGAUUACUACAAUAAUCUGAGUGACUCAUCACUAUAGUAGGUACUGUUCACAUGAAAGCUUCUGGGAUUUGGGUAAUAGGAGUAUGCAACGCUAUAAGUAUAUUGUGCAUACUCAGCUAGCUUGCAGUUAUUAUGCAAAAAAAAAAAGACAAAAAGUAUUAUUUUGACUUUACUGAAAACGUUAUAUAAAGCAAAGUGCCUGAUUAUUAAUGCUUUUUAAGCCCAUUAUUUGCAUUUGGCAGGGUAAUAUUUGCUUCUGUAUUUUAUCUAUGAUCUUAAUAUUUUCAGCCAGAAUAUUUCAGAAACAUGCUGUAUUGAGAAGCUUGCUUUCAUGGGAAACAAGCAGAAAAAGAAGUGUGUUAUGUUACAUAAUUUAAAAUUGAAAAAAAAAAUCCCUAUCUCAGUAGAAACUAUAUGAAAAGAAUUACUUUUAUAUGUAAAUUAUUUCAUUUUCUGCAUGAGGAACCGUUGAAUUCUGAAUCUUUGUCUUUUUCUACUAGGUUUCAACAAUUUGACUUGACUUUUCUCUUCUGCAGUUAUCGAGAACAGUUCCAGUGUAUCUGCAGGAGAAAAGAGAUUGAUCACAUUCCUUUUAGAUAUAAGCUAGGCUGUUGUUCCCUGCUGCAGACAAAGCAAUGGUCCAGAGUUCCAUCUCAUCUCUCCCAUGUAUAAUUGUUAGACAUGACUUUGUGAGAAAAGCAAACAAUUUUUCCUUCUCUGCUGUUUUCUAAAAUAACAAAAUAGGCCAGGGUUUAGUCCUUUCAUUGAACUAAUCGCUGAGUUGUGUUGUCCCAUUUGUGGGGUUUUAUACAUUUUCGUAUCACUGAAGACACCCAGAAGCAUUCACUCCCCAGAAAGAAGUAUUCUUGGGAAGACUUGAAACAAAAGGAAUAGCAUCCAGCUCAGCCAGACACUGUCUACUAGAAAUACUAGAGAACAGAUAGUUGUUCAAAGCAAGUCCAGUGUCUCAAACAGAUUGAGUCCUGUUUAUAGAGGGGCUACAUAAAAUACUGGUCAAUUACAUGGACUGAUCAAACUCAUUUUUAUCCUGGAAAAGACCAAAGGCAGUUAAGACACAUAUGCUUAUCCACAACAAAUAUAUAAACAGAGAUGUUUAAAUCAAGAGCUUGAUGCAGUUUCUUCACUUAACCUAGCCAGGUUGAAGGCAUCUGCUUCCAUCAGAAAUGCAUAUAUCAUGAAGGAUAUUCCCCUCUCGUACUUCAUGCUAUGUUAAUUUAUUAGUUAUCUCAGUUAAAAUGUCUAUUCAGGCACUCUCUGUCCCGUAAUUAAUUCUAGGUUCUUACACAUCUUUUGCCCAUUCCCAUACACCACACCAUUUAAUGCCCACCAAGUAAAGACAUUGAGGCGUUGUAAAGGAGAAAUUCCACGAGGAAUCAGCUCAUAGGUUUUGUUCACCAAGCAGCUCUUACAGGUAUCAGCAAAGUUUUCACAGUUCUGCAUUUUGAAUCUUUUAUAGCUAGUUUGAACAAGUUAAUGCUUCCACAAGGGGUUCAGCUAAAGACACUUGUUUGAGGAAUGCUUGCAGUUUACUGGAGAAUGUUCCAGGAUGUACUCCCAAGACACAAGGGGAUUGAUUCACCCUAAACAAAAUGUGAAAAGCUUCCAACUGCUCAUUUACCACUAGUUUUAUCAUAUAUGGGUAGUCAGGCCUUCAGACCUCAGCUGAAACAUCCUUCUGGAAGAAUGUCCUCCAAAAGACGAUCUUACAAUGGUAAUAUAUUUAUUACCAUAAAUGUAUUUAUGGUAAUAUAUAAGCAGAUCUACCUGUUUGGUGGUGGGUUUUUUUUUUUUAAAUUACUGUCCACCAUGUCUGUAGAACAGAUUAAAACAUCAGAUUCUAGAAUAAGAAAAUGAUUAAUUAAUGAAUUCCUGACAGAUUCUUCCAUCCAAGGUAUAUGCCAUAAAUCGUCUGAAUCCAGGUAACUGCCACUACAGUUGAAUAAGGACAUUGUUUCAUUCUCCAGUACACAGUUUAGAUCUGUACAGUUCUGGAGCAUGGCAGUGAAACGGAGGAGCUCUGUGGACGGUGGAAAUGUCUAGGCUACCUUUUGUAAUUGCAGAAAGAGACCCAGUUCUGUAGGCACAGGAUAGAGGAAACAUUCUAGAAUGAAAGAUGUCUAGAAGUGGAAGUUGUUGUCGUUACAUUAAUUUCAACCAAAGAGAGGCAUUGGUUUGACUUCACUUGUUUAUCUGAACCAUUAGGUGUACUUUUCUUUGAAGUAACUUUUAUGUGUAUUUUUAGCAAAUGCUUCUAACAAGGUUAAUAAUGUGAUAGUUGACAGGAUGAGGUGAACAGAAGUAGUUACUGUGCAUUUUCCUCAUGACAGUGAGUGGAAAGCAAAGUACGAGUUGAGAGUAAGUUGCUAUACAAUAUACAACAUUACUGCAACAGUAAAAUGUUUGUGCUGCUAGUUAAAAUACUGAGGUUUGUAUUAAUAAUUAAGUUGUAGUAAAGAUGUUUAUUGUCAAAGUGCAAGGCACAUAUUUUAUGAUGGUAUUCUACUCCUAAAAUUCUGGUUUGUAUUAUAUUGAGUAUAGUAGACAUUGUUGCUGUUCUCUCAUGAAUUUUAAUGUGGUAAAAUGAAACACUCCCUUUUUACUGAAAAAUAAUCACAUACUAAUUGAUUUAAAAUUACUCUUUGUUGUCAGAUAUUUAGUUUGUUCAUUAAAAAAAGUUGGGUUUUUUUUAAUAAACUAUUUUUCUGGAUAAUCUGAUUGCCUAAUAGUUUCAAGGGACCUAUUUAAUACCAAAGGUAAAGCCACCCAGAAGCUGACUUGGUAUAAGGCAUCGGCACUUUUCUGGAACACAGUGGUCAAGAGUUGCACCUGGAAUCGGUCAAGCAGAGCUUAACUGGUGGUAGCUGCCUGUGUCACCAAGCUGAAGGGUUAGGCACACCUAGCAGUUUCCAAGACAAAAUAGAAAAGGAAAAAAAACAGCAGGAGUAGCCUGAAGGUUGAGUUAACAUACCUAGAGUAGCUCUUUGAGUCGCAGCUCAUGUUCCCAAUGAGAAGCACAAAGGCUUGCAUUACUGAUGUGUCUGCUAUACCUGGCCUGUGAACUAACAAAAAACUUCAGUGCGCUGUCAAUCCUGUAAACCUUCCAAAGCACAAAAUACUCACCAAGCUACUUUGGGGUUUUCUAGUUGUAGUUCAGUGAUAUAUUUUGGAGGGUCGAAAGGACAGACUUGGAGGAUAAUGAGAAGAUGUUAAGUAUGUUAUACAGAUUUUUAUAGAUAUUUUUUUAGCAAAUGGCAUUGCUGUCCUUGACAUGAGACUAUUGAUUAGCAAGAAGUCGAUUAUUUUACUUGUGCAGUAUGAGAUAGAAAGAAUAAAGAAAUACAAACGUCUUGAUUUCCUUUUCCAGGAUAGUGAUUAACUAGACUGGAAAGUAAUAGGACAGUUUAAUUGUUUAGCUGACUAAAAUGUUUCAUUCUAAAAACUUACUGAUCUUAUUUUUUUUUCUCAAAUACAAGCUUCUUAGAAUAAACAUGAAGCAAUGCAUCAUUUUCUCCCUUAUUGCAGACUUAACUAUUGAAAGGAAAAUAUUUUGCAUUUUUUAAAAUUAAUGCAAAGCCUGAAUUGUUGGAUGUUCCAGGCUACUGAAUAGAUGAUACAGAGUUACUCUCAAUGGAUUUUUUUAGGGAUGGGGGCCUAAGUGUCCUUAUAUAAGCUGUGAUCCAAGUUAUGAUAAGAAAGGAGCCUACGGUGAGCAGUAAUAAUGUUCUAAUGCUUCCUUGCAUUCGAUCAGUAGUUACCAGUUUU